UUUGAGAGCAAGAACUUGGCGCGUUGUACGCCGUACGUGAGAAAUUUGUUUUCUACCUCGACCUUGCGUCAGUUUCUCGUUUUGAAUUGUAAAGUGUUUUCAAAAAUGGAUUUUUUAGAAUAUACUGAUGUGAUUGCAGAAGUUAAAGGAGCUAUGACUCCUGGACGAUUGAAGCUUACAGACCAACAUUUGAUUUUUAAAAAUCAAAAGACAGGCAAAGUAGAACAAAUUUCAGCAUCGGAUAUGGAAAUGGUAAAUUAUCAGAAAUUCAUUGGUACCUGGGGUCUUCGAAUAUUUCUCAAAAAUGGAACUCUACAUAGGUUUCGUGGAUUCAAGGAAGGUGAUCAAGAAAAGAUUGCAAAAUUCUUCCUACAAAACUAUAAAAAAGAUAUGCUAGAAAAGGAACUUAGCCUAAAAGGUUGGAAUUGGGGUACAGCUAGGUUUAAUGGUUCUGUAUUAAGUUUUGAUGUUGGUCAUCAUACUGCUUUUGAAAUUCCAUUGUACGAUGUGUCUCAAUGUAACACUGGUAAGAAUGAAGUCACAUUGGAAUUUCAUCAGAAUGAUGAUGCUCCUGUGAGUUUAAUGGAAAUGAGAUUUCAUAUCCCUAUUAGUGACAGCGCAGAUCAAGAUCCAGUAGAAGCAUUUCAUCAGCAAGUUAUGGAAAAAGCAUCUGUCAUCAGUGUCAGUGGAGAUGCUAUUGCAAUAUUUCGGGAGAUUCAAUGUCUUACACCACGUGGUCGUUAUGAUAUAAAGAUAUUCCAAUCAUUUUUCCAAUUACAUGGUAAAACUUUUGAUUACAAGAUUCCAAUGUCAACUGUUUUAAGGCUAUUUCUUUUACCACAUAAGGACAACAGGCAAAUGUAUUUUGUGGUCAGUUUAGAUCCACCAAUUAAACAGGGUCAAACCCGUUAUCAUUAUUUAGUAUUAUUAUUCAAUCAAGAAGAAGAAACUUCAAUUGAAUUACCUUUUUCUGAAAAAGAAUUAAAAGAAAAAUAUGAAGAUAAAUUAUCAAAAGAAUUAUCUGGACCAACUUAUGAAGUUUUAGGAAAAGUAAUGAAAGUUAUUAUUAAUAGAAAACUUACUGGACCUGGAAAUUUCAUUAGUCAUUCUGGAACACUUGCAAUCAGUUGUUCAUUUAAAGCAGCUGCAGGUUAUUUAUAUCCUUUAGAAAGAGGUUUUAUUUACGUUCAUAAACCACCAAUCCAUAUACGUUUUGAAGAAAUUGCGUCAGUAAAUUUCGCCCGUGGUGGUGGUUCUACAAGAUCAUUUGAUUUUGAAAUUGAAUUGACUAGCGGUGUUGUUCAUACAUUCAGUAGUAUAGAAAAGGAAGAGUAUGGAAAACUUUUUGACUUUAUUACUUCCAAAAAAUUACGGGUUAAAAAUAGAGGCAAGAGUGAUAAAUUGAAUUAUGACAAUGACUUUGGAGAUAGCGACCAAGAAGAUGAGCCAGAUGCGUAUUUGGCAAGAGUUAAAGCUGAAGCACAGGAAAGAGAUGCAGAGGAAAAUCAGGAUUCUGAGGAAGAGUCUACCGAUGAAGAUUUCAAUCCGAAUCAGGAUGAAAGUGAUGUGGCAGAAGAAUAUGACAGUAAUCCAAAUAGUUCAGAAAGUGAAAAUGAAUCAGAUGCUUCAGGAAAAAGUCAAAAGAAAGAGAAGAAAGAAAAAAAAGAAAAGAAACCAAAGUCAGCUAAAACUGUGUCAGAGAAGCCAAGAAAACCUAGAAAACAGAAGAAAGAAAAAGAUGCAAAUAAACCUAAGAGACCGCCAACUGCAUUUAUGAUAUGGUUAAACAGUGCUCGAGAAAGAAUUAAAGCAGAAAAUCCUGGAAUUGCUGUUACAGAAAUUGCAAAGAAAGGAGGUGAAAUGUGGAGGGAACUAAAAGAUAAAUCUGAAUGGGAACAAAAAGCAGCAAAGGCAAAGAAAGAGUACACUGCAUCAAUGAAAGAAUAUGAAGCUAGUGGUGGAGGUGGCGAUAAGGAAAAGAUAUCAGAAAAGAAAGAAAAGGGAGAGAAGAAGAAGAAAGAGAGUAAAAAAGAAUCUCCCAGUAAGCUUAUGACUGGAACCAGUUUCAAAAGUAAAGAAUAUAUUAGUGAUGAUGAAAGCAGUAGCGAUGAGGAUAAUAAGAAAUCAGAAAAGAAGGCUUCGGAUGAAGACAGCAACGGAGGUAAAGAAAAGAAAAGCGGAGAUAAACGGAGUGCGGAGGAUAAUGACAAAAAGUUGAAGAAGAAAAGGAAAGAAGAGUCCGAGGGUAGUGAUGAAGAACCUAUUGAAAGUACUCCACCUUCUAGUGAGGCUGAAUCUAAAGACAGCGAUUAAUUAUAAUUUAUAUAUUUUUUUAACAACCACUUAAUUUAAUCUUUAUUUCUACAGAAAUAUCUUUAAUAUUGAUGUAUUUAGUAUUCUUAAAAUCAUUAAAAUAUGUCUCAUAUUUACCA